AUGUAAGCCCUUAAGACUCAUUUAUCAGCCUCAUAAGAUAAAUUGCCAUAAAAUUUUACAAUAGACGAUUAUGAAACAAAUAUUAUAUUAGAAAGUGAAACAGAAAAAUUAGGAAAAUAAUUUACUAUUGAUUUAGAUAAACAUAAAUUGAAUGUCACAUUGAUACCUUUUACUAAUGCAUAUGCUAUAAUGUAAAGAGUAAAUAAAAUUUUAUUGGGAAUAGAUGAAAUUCUUAAAAAUAGAGGUUUUUUGAUGCUUUCAGGAACAUAUGCAAUUUGUGUUUUAGCUCAACAAUUAGCUAUUCCAGUUAUUGUUUAUCUGGAGCACAUAAAUUAACUCAAAAUUAUGCAUUUGAUUAAACAACAUUUAAUGAACUUGUAUCUCCAUUAACAAUAAAUUUAAAUUCUACUGUUGAUUAAAUAAGUAUUUGAGUAUUUUUAUUUUGUAUUUUAAAGAUUACAUUUGAUUAUGUACCACCUGAUUAUAUAAGCUUAUAUAUUACUAAUUAAGGUUAAUACACUCCAUAGAGUAUUUAUUAAUUGUUCAGUGAUUUCUAUGAUGUCCAAGAUGAAGAUAUUUGA